AUGGAUGAAGACUUGCUGGGAUACGAAGAUUUCCCCAUAUACAUCAAGAAUCUCAAAGGCUUAGAAAAGCUCAUGCUUUCUGGUGCUAAUCAUCAUUACUCCUUAGUCAAUGAUGAGGGCGUAAGUGGACCUCAGAUCAAGGUGAUUCAUAGAAUGUUUGAAUCAUGCUGGGAUAACAUUCGUUUGCCAGCUACUCCUAAGCAGGAGUGGGAGGCCAAGUCCAAAAUGCGAUACAAGCUUACGCCAGGCAAUCAUGCAGUUGCACUAAGAUUGGCUGAUUCAAGCCACAACUCAACAGCCACAAUAGACAGUCCUCGGGUCCUUCAGGACGAAAGCGCAGAAACUUUGGGAGACACUGAGAAACCUGAGGUGGAAAAAGAGCCCAGCACAACACCAACAGAGCUGCGCACCCCAGAAAACAAAGGGAAAGCAUUGCCGGAAGACUAUGACAAUGACGAUGGUGAUAAUGAUUCAGUUUUUACGCUAGUUGAAGUUGAUGGCUUCUUGGCUCCCGAAUUUGGCUUACAACAUUGGCCUGUAUCAUGGGAAAAUGUCCACUUGCGUGACAAGAUGUUUGGGGAGCGAAGAUGGCAAACCAAUCCUUUGCGUGCGUAUCAUGAAGGAGUUGAUGGCAUCAUCCCACCAACAGACUAUGCAAGCACUCUCCCAGGAGCGACUGUGCAGAUUUCUUUCACCAUUGCCUGCCACUUAAUUGGAAGUGAGGCAGGCAAAAAGGUGACAUUCUCUGCACGUAUAGAGGAGAUUAUUGUCCUCCAACCCCCGACCCCUCUUGUCAGCACUCGUACCGACAAUGGAUCUGUUGAAGUGGCAUUCCGAUGCCCUUUGUCGCCACGAGGAUCGGGCUGCAAUGCCGCGAUAAUAACAGGAUCCCCCUCCAAGCGCCAGUUCUCAGGUCCAUCCUUUUCACCUGUAAAAUGCCAAAAGCUCAAGAAAUUUGCCCCUGACACCAAGAAAGUCUCCCCUGUGGUCAAGAAAAGCACCCCUGUUGAUGUGUUCACCAAAAAGUAA